AUGGAGACUUGGGGGGCCCCUGGCAUAUUUCUUCUGCUAUGUGCUGCUUGCCUCUUCUUCCUCUCAGUCCGGAGGAAGGCGCCUGGCCGCCAGAGGCUCCCUCCAGGCCCCCAGCCCCUGCCCUGGGUGGGGAACAUCCUGCAGCUGGACACCAAGGACUUCCCCAGAUCUUUGGAGAAGGUAAGCCAGCAUGCAGUACGGGCAGGUGGGGGCUGGCAGGCUAGCCUGGCAUGGAGCCCCACGGCAAGAUGGGGCCUGUGCCGCCCCAGGGCUUGCCCAGCAAGAGGCCUGAGUAGUUCACCCUCUUGGUCUUCACAGUCAGGAGGCCCCAGAUGUUUGCAGACCGAGAUUCACUUUGCAAUGUGAGGGUUCCCAGGAGGGCUGCUUUGGAGCAAGGGGGGACCGCAUCCUGCAGCGUGCCUCUGCCACCCUGUCUCAAGGAGGCACACAUGGUGGUGAGGCUGCAGGACACACUGGGGCCCAAUAAGGGCAGCCCUGCCCUUCUCAGCUGCCCAGAGGCACCACCUAGGAGCUCCUCCUUACAGCAGCACCAAAUGGCUGCAGAAACCGCCAGCGAAGGAGACUCUGCCCAGGUAGGCGGGCCGAAGGCACCUGGCUCAAAAUAAGCAGCCCUCUUCUUUUUUUAAUAUAUUUUUAUUUGAUUUUAAAAUAUAUAUAAACAUACAACAAAAAGCAAUUCAAGAUCCAACUAUCAAGAUUACUCUGAAUUUCCUGACUUCCUCACAUCCCUUCCAUGGAUCCUAAUGAUAAUAUUUACAACUGCAUAUCAAUACUUAUCCAAAUUUUUGUCCUUCCAAAUUAUCCAUACUUUCCAUUACUUUACAAGUGUGUUUAAAAUCCUGCUAAUGUUUUAACCUGCUUACAAUGGUCUCGUAAAUAAAUUAUGAAAUUUCCCCAUUCUUUUGUGAAGUUCUUGUCUUCUUGAUUUCUGAACUUCCCAGUUAAUUUUGCCAUUUCAGCAGAGUCCAUCAACUUGUUUUGCCACAAUAAGCAGCCCUCUUCUAGUGCUCACAGUGAGGAGCCCAGAAGGGCACAUCCCUUGGCGGUGGAGGCUGGGCCGGGGCUCUUGGGGUGCAGCCUGAGGGUCCCCCCAGAGAGGUCAGCCUGUACUUGCGCAAAGGAAGCCUGCCCACCUCCCUUCUCUUCUCACAGCUCAGCCAGAGGUACGGGCCCAUCUUCACCAUCCACCUGGGCUCUCAACGGGUCGUGGUGCUCUAUGGGCACGAAGUGGCGCAGGAGGCCUUGCUGGCCCAGGGAGACUCCUUUGGGGCCAGAGGAAGCAACCCCAUUCUGGCUAAAACAGCCAAUGGAACAGGUUGGUUUCUAGAAGAGCUGCACACCAGCACACGCACAGCCUCCAGCCCCUUAGGCAGAGCCCACAGGGGCUUUGUCAAAAGUAUUUAUGGGCUGCUUUCUAAGGUGUGGCUUAUGCAAGGCAGUGAACGCAACACAGGAGUGCCCCCCUCCCCGUGCCACCCAUUAGGUCUCUGCUGGGCAUUUGACAGACUAAGGUCCGCAGCUCCCCUUCAUGGGGGUGUUGGUUAAGGUCCAGAGGCCAGGAACUGAGGAAAAGUAAGUAAGUAUUGGGGGAGCUCCUUGUUCCAAGUAGUUCUCUGUUUUGGACGACCCUCCCCAUCCCCAUUCCUGCUCUCUUUUCCCGCAGAAAUACAGAUCCAAGUAUGUGGGCAGAAAGGCAGAUUGUUUUCCCCUGUGCAAUGAGGCCGAAUCCUGUACAUGCCCCAUUCGCCUUCUCUCUAAUUGCCCUAUUGAGCUUCCUUGGCUCCUGUGGUGUGUGAGAGACAGACAGACAAAUUCCACCCUCUGCUGCUCAGCUUACGGCAGAGGGACAGCACAGCCCUGCGGUGGGGGGAAGCAUCCUGGUCCCACAAGGCCCCUUUGCCCCUCAUGCAUUGCCUUCCUCUCUGCGUGUCCUCAGGAAUUGGCUUCAGCAACGGGGAGACGUGGAGGCAGCUGCGGCAGUUUGCUGUUGCCACCUUGGGCAGCUUGGAGGUGGGGAAAAGGAGCUUUGAGGAGAGGAUCCAGGAGGAGGCGAGUUUCCUGGUGGAGAGACUCAGAAACACAAAUGGUAAGGAGGCCUCUUUUCCUCACCUCCAGACCACACAGUGCUACGGGCUCCUCAAGCAGACUUCUUUUAUUCCAAGUAGCAAAUGGCUGGUGGCUCAUAGAAUCAUAGAACUGUGAAGUUGGGAGGGACCCCGAGGGUCUUCUAGUCCAACCACCUUCAAUAUGCCAGACUGCUCUAACUUUUUGGCUCCACAGGAUAGAUCCUGAUCAGGACUAGCCUUGUGGGCAGAAGAACCUAAGGGCCUGCUGGAUCAGGCCAAGGGGAGCCCAUCUAGCCCAGCCUCCUUUGCUCACAGGGGCCAAGGAGAUACCCCAUCAGAGGCAGUUUUAGGGUAGCGUGAGACACCCUGCAGGGGGCACCAAAACAAGGCUGUAGAACAGAGCGGGGGGGGGGGGCUAGAUUGUAGUAUUGCAUAGACAUGAAAGCCCAAAGUCCGCCACUGCCCCCAUGGGAAACCCCCAAGCAGGAUCUGAGUGCAAAAACAGUCCCUCUUGUGGGAUUGAGAAUCAUUUCUGACUCUGGCUGUGAAAGCAGAGCAGAGUCAUAGAAUCAUAGAAUCAUAGAGUUGGAAGAGACCACAAGGGCCAUCGAGUCCAACCCCCUGCCAAGCAGGAAACACCAUCAGAGCACUCCUGACAUAUGGUUGUCAAGCCUCUGCUUAAAGACCUCCAAAGAAGGAGACUCCACCACACCCCUUGGCAGCAAAUUCCACUGUCGAACAGCUCUUACUGUCAGGAAGUUCUUCCUAAUGUUUAGGUGGAAUCUUCUUUCUUGGAGUUUGGAUCCAUUGCUCCGUGUCCGCUUCUCUGGAGCAGCAGAAAACAACCUUUCUCCCUCCUCCAUGUGACAUCCUUUUAUAUAUUUGAACAUGGCUAUCAUAUCACCCCUUAAGCUCCUCUUCUCCAGGCUAAACAUGCCCAGCUCUCUUAGCCGUUCCUCAUAAGGCAUCGUUUCCAGGCCUUUGACCAUUUUGGUUGCCCUCCUCUGGACACGUUUCAGUUUGUCAGUGUCCUUCUUGAACUGUGGUGCCCAGAACUGGACACAGUACUCCAGGUGAGGUCUGACCAGAGCAGAAUACAGUGGCACUAUUACUUCCCUUGAUACACGUUCCUCCAGUUGCUGGACUUUGUCUUCUAAGAGGGCAAUCAACAUGCAGAAGCCAUCCUUAGUCCUCUCCCUUGGGUCUGGAGAUGGUCAACGUGGCCAGAAGCCAUCCUUAGUCCUCUCCCUUGGGUCUGGAGAUGGUCAACGUGGCCAGAAGCCAUCCUUAGUCCUCUCCCUUGGGUCUGGAGAUGGUCAACGUGGCCAGAAGCCAUCCUUAGUCCUCUCCCUUGGGUCUGGAGAUGGGCCCUUACCCUUCCUGGCCUUGGAGGGGAGCCUGACCGGAUGCAGCCAGGAUCUCCCCAUGGCUUCGAAAUGAUGCCUCUGUUUGUGCCCUGGCAGGAAGGCCCUUCGACCCAUCUCGCUUCCUCAGCCAGGCAACUGCCAACAUCCUCUGCUCAGUUUCCUUUGGCAGUCGUUUUGACUAUGAAGACGAGGAGUUCCUGGGAUUCAUCCGCCUGGUUCAAGAAAAUGCCCUUCUCCAGUCCAGCCCAAUGACAAAGGUGAGCACACAGGCAGCAGGAGGGGAGGGGCUUCUGUUCCAGCCAUUCAGCCACUGGGGGGGGGGCAGCGGCGAUGCUCUGUAUAGGAUGUGCAGGGAGGGCAGAAGAUGGCUGAGGUUCCUUUCUUCCUGUGGGGCAAGAAGUGACCCGUCAUGCAAUCGAUGCCUGAGGUAGCAUGGGGGCCUUCUGUGAUGGUGCCCCCCGCCAGCACUUCCUGACUCUGGUCUGUGUCUGCUCCUGCUGCUCCCAUCUCCCUCUGCCAAGAGGCACAGACAGAAGACACGCUCCCUUUCAGACGGCACCCAGGGCAUCCCCACUGCCGACUGGGGAAGCCACAAUCCAUAUCUAUCCUGUAUCUACCCUAUGAAAUGCUUCAUUUUGAUGUCUUUCUCCUCUAAAUCAGCUUUGAUCAGAAUUGAGAAAAAACAGGUACAGUAAUGUGCACACAGCCACACAGUUGGGGUCCUUUAUGGAAAACUCCCUAAAAUGCCUGCACCGUCUCACCGAAAAGGCAGCCCCUGCCCCCAUCAGCCGGGCCCUUCCAAUUCCCCUUGCCCACCAGGUGAGGUGAGCAGGAGGGGCUGGCUAGGGCAGGCCCCCAGCAGUGGGUGUGGGGCUGGAGAGGUCAGCUUUCCCCCUUCACAGAGACGGGUCCCAAGUUCCUGAACCAAGGGCUGAACUGGGGGGGGGGGAGCAGCUCCAACCCGCUUGCUGGACCCCUGGGCUGCAGCAUGCAAGGUAGCCUGCAAGAACAGAGAGCUGAGCUAUGAACAUCCAGAGGAGGAGGAAGAGGUUGCAGGGGGUGGGGGUGGGCAGAGCAGACCAUCUCCUGUGUAAACGCUAUGCACUACCCUGGGGGUGAGUGGGGAGGUUGGCUGGCUGGUUUCCAGUUUAAGAUUUUGGAAAAGGCUGCCUGAUGUGAGCAGUUAUUGGGCUACUCAGGUCAACCUGAACAUAGGGCAGGCAGACUGGAAAUGCCAUUUGAAUGGUAAGAAAUGCUCCUUUUUAUGGCCAGGCAACUAUAGAAUCCCAGAACUGUAGUGUUGGAAGAGACCCAAAGGGCAUCUACUCCAACCCCCUGCAAUGCAGGAAUCACAUGGUGAGUUUUACCUCCUUCUCUUCACAGCUGUACAAUAUUUUCCCGACAAUCCUGGAAUACUUCCCUGGAUCUCACAAGAAGAUAUUUAAAAAUACAGAGGAGUUAAAGCGUUUCAUCUCAAGGCGGGUGAAAAGACACCAGGAGACAACGAAGCCCAGCCAGCCUCAGGACUUCAUUGAUGCCUUUCUCAUCAAGAUGGAGCAGGUGGGGGCGUGUCACCUGCCUCCUUGGCUGUCCUGUCUGCAGUGAUCCCUGGGACACCCUGCUCAGAAGCUGAUCCGCUGUCUCACUGGGUCUCACUAUGGCGGCCAUCCGAGGGCAGGUGCCAUGUGGUGCAUGUGGUACUGUGCUACCCCUGGCUGUGUGCUCAGCAGAGCCUCUCUGCCACGUUUCCAGACUGGAGUGGCAGGGAAACAUGACUGUAUGAAAGGGGGCAGCAGGGCACAUUUUUUGCUCUGGAAGUCCACAUCCAGGGUCAAAGCACCCCCUGCUCCCACCUUAUGCUGAGCCAUGGCAGCAGGCACAGAAGGCUUUAUUCUGCUUCUCAUUGCACCCCCUCCCCCCUAGCUUUACGCAGGAGGUCAGGAGGGAGUGGCUUGGGUAGUGGGUGGGUGUGCUGAGGAGAGGGAUCCUGGAAGGUGGCAGGUUGGGGAAGUCCUCUCCCCUCACACAGGAUGAGAGGAAGAGUUUUCCAGGACUGGGACUUAUCUCUGCAUUGCAAACAUGACAGACAGGCCCAGCCCCAGAUCCUUGGGAGGUGUUUGUGGUGGAAUUCUGUAAUGGCAAAGUUACUUUGGGCAAAUAAUGUGCUUUGUGCAUCUGUCAUCUCUUCCAACCUCCCUACAGGAGAAGCAGAACAGUGGGUCAGUGUUUAAUCUUCAAGGUUUGGUGAGGAGCAUCUUAGACCUUUUCAUUGGAGGAGCAGAAUCCACCAGCCUCACCCUGAGUUACGCCCUCCUGACUCUCAUGAAGCACCCAGAGGUCAAAGGUAGGCAGCACCCUGACAGAAGUGGGGGGCUUCUAGUUCGGAGACUGAGGAGCUUGGAAAAUAAGGGGGCAGAGAAGAGGGGCAGGAACAGAAAACAAAACAAAACAAAAAUAAAAUAAAAUCACACUCACAAAAAUCUCACUCUUACUACAUCUCGUCUAUUUUUACCUUAGAGAAAGUUCAUCAAGAAAUUGAUACUGUGAUUGGCUCAUCACGAAGUCCUUGCAUGGCGGAUCUGGGAAAGAUGCCCUACACAGAUGCUGUGAUCCAUGAGAUCCAUCGAACCCUGGUGCUUGUGCCACUGAAUCUGCCACAUGAAACCACAAAGGACACUCUCUUCAGGCAAUACUUCAUCCCCAAGGUCAGUUUCUGGCCUCCCAGGUGGCCUCUAAAAUGGCCACAAAGAAACCUGUGUGCAGUUUCCUUUCAUCCACAGCAGACACUGUGGAACCUUCUGGGUAUUGGUUAUAGUGGAGGAGCGGAUUUGAAAGCUGGGCAGGACACGCUCAAGGGCUUUCCAAACACACAGCACCAGAAAUGUGCAGCCGGCACUUUGCACGUGAAUCAAGGCCACCCUGCCAAGUAAUCCCCUCCAUGCAGCUGCAACCAGGGCAAGCCUGAGACUCCUGAGGUGCACAGGAGUGCCCAGAACAGAGGCCAGGGCUGGGCGGGGGGGAGUAAGUCAUUUCUCCAUCAGGCACCUGGUCCCCAGAGGAGGUUACUAAGGGCUGCCCCACCUGAGCCAGGCAGGGGGUGACCCCAGACCUCGAGGGCCUUGUCUGCGAUUGCACCUGCAGGGCAGAACUCUCUGCUUCCUUCUCUUUUGGAGAAGAACCUCUUGAGCCCAGGAGGGUCUCCUCUCUUUGUCCCCCCACCAGGGCACCACAGUCUUCCCUGCUCUGAAGCCUUCGCUGCACGACAGCAGAGAAUUCCCCAACCCACUGCAGUUUGAUCCUGGGCAUUUCCUGGAUGAUAACGGAGGCCUGAAGGAGAGCAAAUUCUUCAUCCCACUUUCCGUAGGUAAAUAGAUGAAUCCUCAUUUUACAGCUGAAAGGAAUAUUGCAGCCAAACAGGUUCUCCUACGCCUCAUCCUAAUUCCAAUGCAUGGCUGGAGUCUCUGGCUGCUUGGAGGGGGGGGGGUCACAGACAGCCAUAGAUUUUGUGCCCACAGCGUAGAAGAGCUGCUCUGCCUCCCCCCCCCCCCCGCAAUUUAGCAUCUCAUUUGGUCCCCCUUCCUGCCAUCCCAGCCGGUGUGGCUUUGCCGUUCCAAGGAUGCAGCCAGGAAGGCACUUCCAGGGCUCACCUCCCUUUCUGCUUGCAGGCCAGCGGGCCUGUAUUGGCAAGAAGCUGGUGGACAUGACCAUCUUUGUGGCCUUGACAUCCAUCCUGCAACACUUUGACCUGGUCCCUCUUGUGGCUCCUGAGGACCUCGAUGCCUCGCCAGCACCAGCAUUCCUGACAAUGGCCCCCAAAGCCUACCAGCUCUGCGUUGCCCCUCGCUGA